AUGGAUCGCCAAGAGCAUGACUCUUCGCAAACACCACGGUGUUGUCUUCACAAGUGUCGGAAUGCUGGUGUAGUACCCCUUCGGCGGGUAGAAGGGACGUUUAAAAUCCGGAGUGAAUUAACUAACACUUUACCGACUGAUUGGUGUUUGUGUAAGAAACAUUUUAAGAAGGCGUUGGAGUCUAUGACUUGUAGUGUUAUUGGUUGUACUGAAAGUGCUCGAGAGUAUCAACUCCCAGAGUCCUAUUUAAAUCGUCACAACGACAAUUAUUCGCACUACCAAAUCUGUGAAUGGCACUCCAAAGAAUUGAAAGUCGCGAAAAUCCCGCCACAGAAGAGAAAACCCUCCGAUAAAGUCCCGGAAGAAUCAAAAACCAAAAGAAAGACAACGGAAAGCACUUUCGAAGAGGACAAAGAGUCUCUCUUCGAGAUUAAAAAGUCGAAAAUUGAAAAAGUCGAAAAAUCAAGUCCCGACAUUUCUGCCGAUAAAAAAAUCUUUCAGCGAACACCGGAAGAACUUCCACAAAAUUUCACAAAGACCGAAAAAUUCGAUCAACUUGAAAAACCAGCAAUUGAAAAUCUCGACAAUCCGUUUCAGCCGCAAUUUGCUCAAAAUUUUGCUCAAAAAUUUGAUCCGCCAUAUCCCGAGAAAUUGAGUAGUUAUUCCGACUUGUCGACGUAUCCGAAGUACGAUCAAUUAGUACCCCAAGUGACUGAAAUGACCCGUUAUGAAGGGAAGAGGUGUUGUUUUGGGAAAUGUGAGAAAGAGGUUUAUUGUGUGAUACCUUUUAUCCGUCCAUUAGAUGUUUACAUAUGUUUAUCGCAUUACAAGAUCAUUCAGAAAUUGAUGAGGAAAGCGAUCUUAGAUAAGCAAUUAGUGCUCUCUACAGAAACCCUUGAGUUAAUAGAGCCAUGUAAUUUGAUUAAAUAUCAUCCUCUUGCUAAUUACAUUAAGACGGGGAAUGACGGGAGAUGCGCUUUGUGCUUUGGUUAUCAUAACAAGAAGCCUAUUUACAUCUGCUCGUCAUGUCGUAAUGUGUUCUGCGCGGAAUGCCAGAAGAUCAUCUCAGAAGUCAAUAACACAAAUCUGCAACAACCAUCCGCACAUUGGAAAUGUGGAGUGUGUCUUUUAAAAGGAGAGAAAGAGCGCGAGAACGUGUUGCGGCGGCAAGUCACGAUCGUCCGCGACGCCGCGACAAAGCGCGUCGAGAGAUUUCUGACGGAGGAGGGAAAAGACCUUGCCGAGAAAAUGCGCGUCGAGCGGGAGCGACGCGUCGAGAAAGUCGUGAAGAGGAAGGAGAACAUCAAACGGAUCGUUCAAUUUCUCGGCGUCGUAUUUCCGCGCGCUUUGGAGGUCAAAUGGCGCUUUGAAAUUUCGACGCAAAGGCCUUUAAUACAAAACACGUUGGAGAAACGUGGCGUCAUUUUAUUUAGUCAGACGGAGACGAACUACUUUUUGUGUCCAGAAGUGACGAAAGGGGAAUCGAUAGUCGAGAUGUUACACUUAAAAGGGAGUGAAGACGGCAGUAUAAGUGUUCGCGAUAGUAAUAAAAUGGUGAGCGACGAGCUUAUAAAUAAAUGCCAUACACAAGAAUUUUGUGAGUGUUUAAAUGCUGUGGAGAAAUUGAAUAAAAAAGUCGAGUGGAGUGUGAAACUCCAAAUUGCGUUGUUUAUUGAAGAUCGGGUCUACGACGAAGAAUACGCAAAAAGCGUUUUUAUGAUUAAAAUCUCAAAGGAAAUCAGUGAGGCGUUUUGUGAGUGCAUCAGAUUGCUUGGGCAGAAUGAAGGAGUUAAAGUAGGAUAUAUUUUUACGGGUCUUAAAGGGGGAAAAAUAGAGAAGGGUGGCGUGUUAGAGAAGCGCUGCGAUUAUAAGGAGAACUCCGACGAACAAAUCGUCAUUAAAUUGUCACCUGAAUAUGACGAUAAAGAAAAGGCAAUUGUUGUCGUGAUGAAAAAGAGCGGCAUCGACAUUCCCAACCACAUGUCGUGUAUGAAGAGCGUUGAAAAUUUGGGUGAGACGUAUUUCUUGAAUUACACUGGGGUUGGCGUGAAGUACAUGAGAGAUGUUAUUGGCGUCGAGAAGGUGAUAAUAGUGAAUAUCGGCGAUGACCAAAACGAGGUGGGUACUAAAGAAAUAUUGGAGAAAGAAAUAACAGAGCGGAGUGUGUUGUAUCUUCACGUCAACAGUCUUGAAGAGCGAAGGAAUGAAUUGGAUGCAUUUGGUGCAGAAUUUGUUGUUGUUUGCAUCGACUGCGAGACGUUGGGCGAAAUGGGGAAUGAGCGAGUGAAAAAAGUUUCUGAGCAAAUGAAGAGAUUCACCAAAAUGAAGCCAACUAGUCAAAAAGUUGUUAACUUUUGUAAAGUGAUUGUCGUGAUUCAACAUGGGAUUGUCCAAGACACUUUCUAUGACAAAUACAAGAACGCCGUUUCUGAUUUUAUAGAUGUAUUUGAUAAGGAUUUGUGA